AAAGGUUCAGUCUUCAAUAAAAAUGAGUCACAAACGGCAAGCAACCGUCGAUGGUUACGAAGACGCCACGCCACUUCUUCCAUCUUUCUCGACGUGAAAUCGGAGAAAAAAGUAAUAAACAAAACAGCAAAACCCCGUAUGUAAUUGGCUGCGGUGGCUGAUCGGCACCCAAAUCGAAGAAAGUGUCAUUUUCUACAACGCAUAAAGAUUCCAAGUAAUAUUCUUUAGGAUAUGCCGAUAUGACAUCAAUCGAACUUUAAAACCACGUAGACCUCCACAUUCCACCUUCGAUGUAGGAAAAUGGUGUUCAAGAGAGAAGGAGGGAGUGUGAUUCUGAUUGGGUUUUAUUGUUAUGUGUUAAUUCUUUUGGGUUUUGUUUUCGGCGGUGAGAUCGUCAAAGGUGACGGUGGUAUUCCGACCACUCUUGACGGACCUUUUACGCCGGUGACGGUGCCACUGGAUGAGAGUUUUCGUGGGAAUGCGGUGGACUUGCCGUCCGAUGACCCUCGUGUCCGGAGAACUGUUAACGGGUUUCAACCUGAACAGAUAUCGAUUUCUCUUUCCACCACCCAUGAUUCUGUUUGGAUUUCUUGGGUUACAGGUGAUUAUCAAAUUGGUGACAAUAUAAAACCCUUAAAUCCCGAAAGCGUAGCUAGUGUUGUAGAAUAUGGGAAAGUAAAAUCUAUGAAGAAACAAACACAAAAAACAGAGGGUUACUCUCUGAUUUACAAUCAGCUAUACCCAUUUAAAGGCCUUCAAAACUACACUUCUGGUAUCAUCCACCAUGUUCAACUUACAGGAUUAUCUCCAGAUACUGUUUAUUACUAUCGAUGUGGAGAUCCUUCGAUUAAAUCAAUGAGUGGUGUUUUUCAUUUCAAGACUAUGCCUGUUUCUAGCCCUAAAAAUUACCCCAAAAUAGGAAUCGUGGGUGAUCUUGGUCUUACUUAUAAUACAACAUCAACAGUGAGCCACCUCAUCCAAAACCAACCUGAUCUUGUGCUUCUUGUAGGAGAUGCAACUUAUGCUAACUUGUAUCUAACAAAUGGCACUGGUUCAGAUUGCUAUUCUUGUUCAUUCUCAAAUACUCCUAUUCAUGAAACUUAUCAACCGCGUUGGGAUUUCUGGGGAAGGUUUAUGCAGAGAUUAACAUCUAAAGUACCAAUCAUGGCUAUAGAAGGUAACCAUGAAAUCGAAGAGCAAGUUGACAACACAACAUUUGCAGCUUAUAGUGCACGAUUUGCCUUUCCAUCUAAAGAAAGUGGCUCCAAAUCUACUAUGUACUACUCCUUCAAUGCAGGAGGAAUACACUUCAUAAUGCUUGGUGGCUACAUUGCUUAUGACAAAUCAUCGGAUCAAUACAAGUGGUUGCAAAGGGACUUGGCGAAUGUCAAUCGAGAAGUGACACCAUGGCUUGUUGGUGUUUGGCAUCCACCAUGGUACAACACCUAUGUUUCUCAUUACAAAGAAGUCGAAUGCAUGAGGGUAGCCAUGGAAGAACUACUAUACAAUGCCGGCGUCGAUAUAAUUUUCAAUGGUCAUGUACAUGCAUACGAACGAACAAACCGAGUGUACAACUACACGUUGGAUCCAUGUGGUCCGGUCCACAUAACGGUGGGAGAUGGUGGCAACAGAGAAAAGAUGGCGGUCAAACAUGCUGAUGAACCGGGCAACUGCCCAGAACCCUCCACCACGCCGGAUUCAUUCAUGGGUGGUUUUUGUGCAACUAAUUUCACAUCAGGUCCAGCAUCCGGGAACUUCUGUUGGGAUCGACAACCUGAAUAUAGUGCUUAUAGAGAAAGUAGCUUUGGGCAUGGGAUUCUUGAGGUGAAGAAUGAGACACAUGCUCUGUGGACAUGGCAUAGAAAUCAAGACAUAUAUAAUGAGUCGGGUGAUCAAAUAUUUAUUGUUCGUGAGCCUGGAAGAUGCCCUGUUGUUAAAGCUAAACCUACACUCAAGCUUUGGAGAUCAGCAAAGUGAAGCUUGUUGUAUCUGUUAGGGUUCUAAAACAGAUUUGUAUAGCAUAGAUUGUAAGAUGGGUCGAUCACUCGACCCAUGAUUUGUUGUUUGUUUGAAUGUUAUCGGGAAUUUUUAGUAAGUUGUGAGUGAAUCUGGUGAUAGAUUUCUUCGGUUUCA